GAAACAAGCGGGUGCAUGGUCGUUAUAAAGGCUGAGGGCAGCCAGACCAAGGAUAGUACCACUACCACGCAAUUAACUGAGACAGAGAGAGAGAGAGAAAUGGCUUCCUCAAUGCUCUCCACCGCCGCCGUCGCCGCCCGCUCCGCCCCUGCUCAAGCGAGCAUGGUGGCUCCUUUCACCGGACUCAAGUCCGUCUCCGCCUUCCCCAGCACCCGCAAGACCGCGGACAUCACCACCAUCGCCAACAACGGCGGCAGAGUCUCAUGCAUGAAGGUGUGGCCCACUGAGGGAUUGAAGAAGUACGAGACAUUGUCGUACUUGCCACCACUAACAAGGGAGCAACUCUUGAAGCAAGUCGACUUCCUUAUCCGCUCUGGUCUCAUUCCUUGCCUGGAAUUCGAGUUGGACCCAAAGAACGGGUUCCCCCACCGUGAGAACAACAGGUCCCCGGGAUACUAUGACGGAAGGUACUGGACAAUGUGGAAGUUGCCCAUGUUCGGCUGCACUGACCCAGUCCAGGUCCUCAAGGAGCUCGACGAGGUCUCCACCCUCCACCCCGAGGCAUUCGUCCGAAUCAUCGGCUUCGACAACAAACGUCAGGUGCAGAUCGUCAGUUUCAUCGCCCACAGGCCAACUGGCUACAUAGGCUUCUAAGCAUUGCUUUAUGCUCUCUCCAUCAAUUUCAUGGAUAUGCUAUGCUUUUUUUCAAUUUCAUUUGUACCAAAACUUAUUUUGUGCAUUUCCUCCCUUUCUCAUCAUAUCGGAUCCCGAUAGAAUGUAUGAGCAUAAAUAUCAUAUCCUGAACUAUCAUUGAUCCCUUUUUUUUGUUACAAUAAAAUAUAUUGCAUAUCUAUUUUUAA